UUGAAUCUCGAUUCGAACAGUCGGGUUUUUCGGGGUUCGCCAUUAGAUCCCACAUCUACCCGUCGCGCGAAGAAAAUAAUCUGCUGCAGUUGCGGGCGUAAAGCGCCUUUCUGUGCUUAUCUGCUUCCCUGUCCUCCGCCCAGGCGCCGUCUUUGCCCCGAAAAGGAAAUGGAUGGGCAGAACCAGGAAGAACGUUCCGUUUUUAUUUUUAUGGGUAAUGGAAGAACAAAACCACAAUGUUAUCAAUACUGUGUUUUCAGGCUUCCCGCUUGAAGAAUGGAUGUUCUUGCAAAAAUCAGCCUGGCAUGAAGAUUCUUAUUUGAUUUUGGAAUGAAGCUUCUCUAUGGAUUUUAUGAGGGUGAAGAUCAAGCAUAAGAAGAAACAAGCAUAUGCGAUAUGCCACACCACUAUAUUGUUGAUAUUGAAGAUCCAUGCUUAGAUACAGACGUAGAAGGUAUUCGGGUGCAUUGAGCAGUUCUCCUUGGGUGAGGUUCAAGAUUUACAAGGAUUCUUUACCUCUUCUGGAGAGUUCUUUUAGACAGGCCAUUGAGUAUGAUUAUCAAAAGGGUACCAAGUUCAGUCAAGAACUCAACAAGAAGCAACCCUUGCACCUUCCAGUUAUGGAGAAUCACUGGAGGCUGCCCUUUCCAAGGGAUCCAUUUGGAGUUGGGUUGAAUCUUAGUCAGUCUGAAACAGUCUUAAAUCUUCAACAUCAGCCAUAUGUUGAAAUUGCUUCUCACAACAUUUUCUCACAUGCUGGUGGAAACAAUGGUGUGGUACACUCUCCUCAGCAAAUGUGUCACCUUUUCCAUGGAAGAAACACUAUCAUAUCCAUGCCAGGUUCUUUUGAGUCUCCCAAUGAAUGUGUGAGAAAUUUCUCACACAGUAGAAAUGAAUCAAAUUCUAAUAAUGCUGAUAAGAAACAAUAUGAACUUGACAUUGACCGCAUCAUACACGGGGAAGACAGCAGAACAACGCUGAUGAUAAAGAACAUUUGGAACAAGUAUACCUCAAAGGUGCUUCUGGCUGCAAUAGAUGAUCACUGUCAAGGAACCUAUGAUUUCAUUUAUUUUUCAAUUGACUUCAAGGCAAGGGAAAAGUUCAGCAAUGAAAAAGUGGCAUCACUUGCAUAUGCUAGUAUUCAAGGAAAAGCUGUUCUUAUUGCCCAUUUCCAGAACUCAAGCUUGAUAAAUGAAGAUAAGAGAUGCUAUCCUAUUCUUUGUCAUACUGAUGGCCUGAAUGCUGGCGAUCCGGAGUCCUUUCCCAUGGGUAUUAACAUUGGAUCAAAACCCGGAAAGCCUCAAACAACUAGCCCUGAGAACAAUCACCAAGGUAGCUCUUCGACUUCAGCUAUCCCAAUGGGGUAGACCCUUCGUCAGGUUAUCCCAAGUAUUAUGACUGAGCUGUCUGCUUUACCAAGCACUAACUCUGGAGUGGCAGUUUUGAUAACCCAAAUGCAUUUUGGAACUAUAGUUUCUUGGCCAUUUCAUCUAUUUCUAUGAAAAUUUUGUAUGAAUGGCCGAUAUGAGCAUAGAGAAUAGCUUAAAAAUGUUCCCGAGUCUGUGCAUGACUCCAAGGAUCCCUGCCGUUCUCAAUUUUGUAU